AUGGCUCUGGAGAGUUUCAACAAGCUCUUCCACAAACUGAGGGAGGCCCAUGAGCGAGAGGUCGAAGGUGAGUGAGCAAUCCUCCUACAGUAUCAGUGUUGCUGAUACUCUGAGACAUGAGUCAAAACAAAAGAGUGAAUGGACUAACAACUUUAUUAUGUCUUUGUAACAGCAAAUAAUGUAUUUUGUUUUGGAAUGCAAAGCACUUAAUCAUGCAAGUACAGUGCAUUCAGAAAGUAUUCAGACCCCUUGACUUUUUCCACAUUUUGUUACAUUACAGCCUUAUUCUAAAAUUGAUUAAAUUGUUGUUGUUUUUCUGUGUGUAGUUUGAUUAGUUUUUUUAUUUAUUUAUUUUAGAAUAAGGUUGUAACAUAACAAAUUGUGUAAAAAGUCAAGGGGUCUGAAUACUUUCGAAUGCACUGUAUAGCCAUGUGGUUUUCGGAAAUGUUCACGAGUCAGAUGUGUUUUUUGACACGUGAAGUUUCAUAUGUACAUUUGUCACAUGAAAAAAAAACAACACACAUUUAUUUUUCACCACUUCCAGCAACAUCUGGUCUCCCAUCCAGGGACCGACCAGGACCAACCCUGCUUAGCUUCAGAGGCAAAACAGCAGUGGGAUACAGGGUGGUAUGUUGAUAGAAUGAAUGAGCCAAUACUUGCAACUGGAAAAAAGGCAGUGAACGCAAAGGCCUAGGUAACAUAACCAAAGAUAGGGAAUUAUGCAGGAAAGAGGGAGGCGUUUAAUUUAAUAGCAUUAUCAUUAAAAACAUUUUUUGCAAAAAAGUCAUUUGCAUUUUUUGCAAAAAAGUCAUUUGCUCACUCUGGAGUCAGACGUUAACAGAGUGGGUAAUUUAGCCUAUUAAACACAAAAACAAGUGAGAAUUAGGAAGAUCUGAUGUGAUUUUUUUUUUCUUGCCAUCUUCACCCAUAUUUUAUAUUAUUUUUGCAAAGAAAAAAGUUGUGUGAAGUUCCAGUAGUUAGCUACACCACCACAUGGCAAAUGUUUUUUAUUACCUACUGAAAAUACUACCAAGAUUUGAAUUGAGUUCAACUACCAACAAGCUACUGCGAAAUGUUGUUAAAUUACUAGUUGAACUACAUAUAGUUCAUUACUCCACAACACUAGAUAUUAAUGACACAAAAGUAACUCAUUCACCAGAGGAUUGCACUAUAUAAUAACACUAUUACACUAUUAUAGGUGUUUAAAGUGGCAAUCCUUAGUGGAAACAUUAACAAAGUGCCCUCCCCGCAACAGUUUCGGUAAAAAGGGAUGGGGCUGGAAAAAUGCAACUACUCUCAAAUCCAUAGACUACGAUUAACGGACUGACCAUCCAUGAUAUCAAAAAUCUUGUUUAUCCAUGUUUUUAGGCUAUACAGUGUUUGUUUACAUAUACUUAGUUUACAGACAUUGGAAUAAAUGUGGAGUUUUCUUACAUGUGAAACUCUCAGUUAGAUCUUCACUUUCACAUCUGGAAUUGCAAGUUCACAUGUGAAAAACAAUCACGUGAAAGUUUUUCAUUAAUGAAACUGCAAAUUAGAUUUUUACAUGUGAUUGUUUUUCACAUGUAAACUUGCAAUUCCACAUGUGAAAGUGAGAUUUCUAUAUACAGUACCAGUCAAAAGUUUGGACACACCUACUCAUUCAAGGGUUUUUCUUUAUUUUUACUAUUUUCUACAUUGUAGGAUAAUAGUGAAGACAUCAAUACUAUGAAAUAGCACAUGUAGUAACCAAAAAAGUGUUAAACAAAUCAAAAUUUAUUUUAUAUUUGAGAUUCUUCAAAGUAGCCACCCUUUGCCUUGAUGACAGCUUUGCACACUUUUGGCAUUCUCUCAACCAGCUCCAUGAGGUAGUCACCUGGAAUGCAUUUAAAGUAACAGGUGUGCCUUGUUAAAAGUUAAUUUGUGGAAUUUCUUUCCUUCUUGAGCCAGGCAGUUGUGUUGUGACAAGGUAGGGGGGGUAUACAGAAGAUAGCCCUAUUUGAUAAAAAAAAACAAGUCCAUAUUAUGGCAAGAACAGCUCAAAUAAGCAAAGAGAAACGACAGCACAUCAUUAAUUUAAGACAUGAAGGUCAGUCAAUACGGAAAAUCUGAAAGUUUCUUCAAGUGCAGUCGCAAAAACCAUCAAGCGCUAUGAUGAAACUGUCUCUCAUGAGGACUGCCACAGGAAAGGAAGACCCAGAGUUACCUCUGCUGCAGAGGAUAAGUUCAUCAGAGUUACCAGCCUCAGAAAUUGCAGCCCAAAUAAAUGCUUCACAGAGUUCAAGUAACAGACACAUCUCAACAUCAACUGUUCAGAGGAGACUGCGUGAAUCAGGCCUUCAUGGUCGAAUUGCUGCAAAGAAACAAUUACUAAAGGACACCAAUAAGAAGAACAGACUUGCUUGGGCCAAGAAACAUGAGCAAUGGACAUUAGACCGGUGGAAAUCUGUCCUUGAGAUUUUUGGUUCCAACCGCUGUCUUUGUGAGACGCAGAGUAGGUGAACAGAUUAUCUUUGCAUGUGUGGUUCCCACCGUGAAGCAUGGAGGAGGAGAUGUGAUGGUGUGGGAGUGCUUUGCUGGUGACACUGUCUGUGAUUUAUUUAGAAUUCAAGGCACAUUUAACCAGCAUGGCUACCACAGCAUUCUGCAGCGAUACGCCAUCCCAUCUGGUUUGCGCUUAGUGGGACUAUAAUUUGUUUUUCAACAGGACAAUGACCCAACACACCUCCAGGCUGCGUAAGGGCUAUUUGACCAAGAAGGAGAGUGAUGGAGUGCUGCAUCAGAUGACCUGGCCUCCACAAUCACCCGACCUCAACCUAUUUGAGAUGGUUUGGGAUGAGUUGGACUGCAGAGUGAAAGAAAAGCAACCAACAAGUGCUCAGCAUAUGUGGGAACUCCUUCAAGACUGUUGGAAAAGCGUUCCAGGUGAAGCUGGUUGAGAGAAUGCCAAGAGUGUGCAAAGCUGUCAUCAAGGCUAGUUUGAAGAAUCUCCAAUAUAAAAUAUAUUUUGAUUUGUUUAACAAUUUUUUAGUUACUACGUGAUUCCAUAUGUUUUAUUUCAUGGUUUUGAUGUCUUCACUAUUAUUCUACAAUGUAGAAAAUAGUAAAAAAUAAAUAAAAACCCUUGACUGGUACUGUAUAUGAUACUGUAUAUGGGAUAUAUUUUUUUAUAUUUCAUGUGAAAAUAUUUCAUGUUAAAACACAACUUUCAAAUGUGAAACUGCAAUUCACAUGUGGGGUGAAAACAUGUGAUUCUCCUCACAUGUGAAAAGGUGGUGUUAACAUGUGAACUCUAAAUGUAAUACAUGUGAAAAUAUGGUUUCACAUGUAAAAUCUAAGCUCAAAAUGUGAAAACAGCUGAAAUGUGAAGGUUUCUCUAUGCUCGCUCUCUCAUGUCUCUGAUAGCAGAGCAUCCUCGAGUAGAGAGGAGAGAGAUCUAUAGAGAGAUCCGCUCGCUAAGAUAGAGAGGAGGAAGACGAGAGCUCCCUGAUCGUAUAUCGUCAUCUAUCUUCUCUCUCUCUCGUCUCUCUCUCUCUCCUCCUCUCUCUCUCUUCUCUCUCUCUUUCUGUCUCUCUCUCUCGCUCUAGGAUGGCAAGAGACAUUUCAGGAGCUGACCAAUAAAAUGGGCUGGUGAGUAAAGCACUUUAUUAAAGGUGAUAUGUUGAUAUAUGGGAGAUGUAGUGAUGGCAGUUCUUGGUGUUUUACUCUGAGUAGUGAUACAAAGCAAAUGGAGGUGCUGUUUAUCAAGAACCAACAGCUGAAAGAGCACCAGCGGUUACUCACAGAAAACAUAAAACAGCUGGAAAACAGGUGGGUCCCUCUGUAUGUCUCUGUGUUUGGGUAUUCUAUAUUAGUAUUUUUAGCUUAAAGUUUUAAGUUAUAUUUGUCACAUGCACAUGUACAGUGAAAUUCUUAACUUGCAAGCCCUACCCAACAGUGCUGUAUUCAAUAUCAAAAAAGUAUACUAACUAAUAAGAAAAUAUAUUUUUUAAACACGAGAAAUAUAAACAUUGUGUGUGUGUGUGCUGUCUUAACAACAUCUGUAGCUGAAUGUGUGUCAGUGUUUGACCCCCUGGUGACCUCUGUGCUGCAGGUUGAGGGCGGGGCUGUGUGACAGGUGUACUGUCACUCAGGACGUGGCCAAGCGCAGGCAGCAGGAGUAUGAGACCUCCCAGAUCCAGAGCCUCCAUCACAUUUCUAUCCUGGGUAGCUAGCUAACACAUCAACGUCUCCUUCACAUGCAUCUCAAGCAUUGCGGAAAGAUCCAACUAUAAUGCUUAUUUUAUAGCUACAGUAUAGUACUUAAACAUUAGCCAUGGACUGUGAUUUCUUUUGUAGUGGGAGAGAUUAACAAAAUGAAAAAGGAUAACCAGAGAUUGCAAGAAGAAAUCAGUCAUCUGAGAGGAGCACAAGAGUGAGUUAUAUGCACUGAGUGUACAAAAUAUUAUGAACACCUGCUCUUUCCAUAACAUAGAUUGACCAGGUGAAUCCAGGUGAAAGCUAUGAUCCAUUAUUGUUGUCACUUGUUAAAUCCACUUCAAUCAGUGUAGAUGAAGGGGAUGAGACAGGUUAAAGAAGGAUUUAUAAGCCUUGAGACAAUUGAGACAUGGUUUGUGUACAUUGCCUUCAGAAAUUAUUCAUACCUGUCACACAGCAUGUUGCUGUGGGGGAACCAGUCGAAAUCUCUCCGGGUACUCAUCGACUCUGGGGCCGAUGAGAGCUUUAUGGACGCUACCCUGGCGUCCGAGCUGGGCAUCCCCACUCAGCCCCUCUCCAUUCCCAUGGAUGUUAGAGCGCUGGACGGGCGCUCUAUAGGCCGGGUCACCCACAAUACCACCCCCAUCAACCUACGAGUAUCAGGGAACCACAGCGAGAUGAUCCAAAGUUCCCGUGGUAUUGGGUUUUUAUUGGCUCCAGCGACACAACCCCUUUAUUGACUGGUCUACUGGUGCCAUCAUUGGCUGGAACCCGUUCUGCCACGCUCAUUGCCUGAAGUCAGCGCAGCCUGCCCCGGGACGUCUUCCUGGGAGCUCGGAAGUUGCCUCGGACCUCUUCGCCAUUCCUGCGGAUUACCAGGACUUCCGGAAGGUGUUCAGUAAGGCCUGGGCCACUUCUCUUCCGCCCCACCGACCCUACCACUGUGGAAUCGACCUUCUCCCAGGCACCACUCCCUCCCGGGGACGACUGUACUUGCUGUUGGGUCCGGAGACCAAGGCUAUGGAGACCUACAUUGAGGACUCCCUAGCUGCCAGGUUAAUCCGUCCUUCUGCCUCCGCCGCCGGCGCAGGGUUCCGCUUUGUGGAGAAGAAGGACAAAACCCUGCGUCCAUGCAUCGACUACAGGGGCCUCAACGACAUCAUGGUGAAGAACCGCUACCCACUACCACUCAUCUCCUCGGCCUUCGAGAGGCUCCAGGGGGCCAACGUGUUCUCCAAGGUGGACCUAUGGAACGCCUACCACCUGGUGCAGACACGGGAGGGGGACAAGUGGAAGAGUGGUCUAAGGCACUGCAUCGCAGUGCUAGCUGUGCCACUAGAGAUCCUGGUUCGAAUCCAAGCUCUGUCAUAGCUGGCCGCGACCGGGAGACCCAUGAGGCGGCGCUGUCACGAUCGUCGUAAUGAGUGGACCAAGGCGCAGCGUGAAAUGCGUACAUCUUUUAUUGAGUACUAUAACAAUAACAAAACAACAAAACGAAACGUGAAGUCCUCGGUCAUGAACACAAACCUACACGGAACAAGAUCCCACAAAAGACAAGUGCACGACAGGCUGCCUAAGUAUGGUUCCCAAUCAGAGACAACGAGCCACAGCUGUCUCUAAUUGGGAACCACCCCGGCCAACAUAGAAACACAUAAACUAGAACAAGAACAUAGAAAACGAAACAUAGAACCUAACACCCAGAAACGAACACAUAGAAACUAACACCCUGGCUCAACAUUUAAAAGUCCCCAGAGCCAGGGCGUGACAUUACCCCCCCCCCCCCCCCCCCCCCCCCCCCCCCCCCCCCCCAAAGGCGCGGACUGCGACCGUGCCAACUAAACCCAACAGGGGAGGGGCCGGGUGGGCAUUCCGCCUCGGAAGCGGAUCCGGCUCCGGGCGUGACCACCACCCUCUAACUAACCCCCUGUAGCGCCCCUGGUCUGGUCUGGCCCCGCUGGCUGGAGCUGGACUGGACAUCGGUGGAGCGGAUUGCUUAGGCUCCGGUGUGGAGCAGCUGACCGGUACCUGACCAGGCACCGGUGAAACAGGCACGGGCUGUGCCGGACUGACGACGCGCACCACAGGCUUGGUGCGGGGAGCAGGAAUGGGCCGGACCGGGCUGGCGACGCGCACCACUGGCUUGGUGCGGGGAGCAGGAACAGGCCGGACCGGGCUGGCGACGCGCACCAUUGGCUUGGUGCGGGGAGCAGGAACAGGCCGGACCUGGCUGGCGACGCGCACCACAGGUUUGGUGCGAGGGCCAGGAACAGGCCGGGCUGGGCUGGCGACGCGCACCACAGGCUUGGUGCGAGGGACAGGAACAGGCCGGGCCGGGCAGGCGACGCGCACCACAGGCUUGGUGCGAGGGGCAGGAACAGGCCGGACCGGGCUGGCGACGCGCACCACAGGCUUGGUGCGGGAACUAAACCCAACAGGGGAGGGGCCGGGUGGGCAUUCCGCCUCGGAAGCGGAUCCGGCUCCGGGCGUGACCACCACCCUCUAACUAACCCCCUGUAGCGCCCCUGGUCUGGUCCCGCUGGCUGGAGCUGGACUGGACAUCGGUGGAGCGGAUUGCUUAGGCUCCGGUGUGGAGCAGCUGACCGGUACCUGACCAGGCACCGGUGAAACAGGCACGGGCUGUGCCGGACUGACGACGCGCACCACAGGCUUGGUGCGGGGAGCAGGAACGGGCCGGACCGGGCUGACGACGCGCACCACUGGCUUGGUGCGGGGAGCAGGAACUGGCCGGACCGGGCUGGCAACGCGCACCACAGGCUUGGUGCGGGGAGCAGGAACGGGCCGGACCGGGCUGACGACACGCACCACUGGCUUGGUGCGGGGAGCAGGUACAGGCCGGACCGGGCUGGCGACGCGCACCACUGGCUUGGUGCGGGGAGCAGGAACAGGCUGGACCGGGCUGGUGACGCGCACCCCAAGCUUGGUGCGAGGGGCAGGAACGGGCCGGGCUGGCGACGCGCACCACAGGCUUGGUGCGAGGGGCAGGAACAGGCCGGGCCGGGCUGGCGACGCGCACCACAGGCUUGGUGCGAGGGGCAGGAACAGGCCGGGCCGGGCUGGCGACGCGCAUCACAGGCUUGGUGCGAGGGACAGGAACAGGCCGGACCGUACUGGGAACACACACCACUGGCCUUGUGCGGGGAUCAGGAACGGGCCGGACCGGACUGGUAACACACCCCAGUACCUCUCGCCGUGCCUCUACACUCUCCUUCCCUCUAAUGACCAAUGGCCCCCGUAACCUGGUGGCCUUCUCUCCUAGACCACAAUCUCGCCCUGUCGGCAGGCGCACAAUUGGCCCAGGGUAGGGGAGGGAAUGGCCGGCAGGGAUGUAGCUCAGUUGGUAGAGCAUGGUGUUUGCAACGCCAGGGUUGUGGGUUUGUUUCCCAUGGGGGGGGGGGGGGGGGGGGGGCAGUAUGAAAAAAAAUAUUGAAAGAAUAUAUAAAAAUCAAAAAUGUAUGCACUCAUUACGUGUAAGUCGCUCUGGAUAAGAGCGUCUGCUAAAUAACUAUUAAAAAAAUAUAAGAAAUACAUGGCCAGCGGUCACUACGAGCAUCUGGUCAUGCCAUUUGGCCUUAACAAUGCUCCAGCUGUGUUUCAGGCCCUGGUUAAUGUUCUCCGCGACAUGUUCAACCAGUUUGUCUUCGUCUACCUCGACGACAUCCUCGUCUUCUCCCGCUCCGCCCAAGAACAAGUGCUCUACGUCUGACAGGUCCUCCAACGCCUCCUGGAGAACCAGCUUUUUGUGAAAGUGGAGUAAUGUGAAUUCCAUCGCUCCACCAUUCCCUUCCUGGGAUACAUCAUCGCUGCAGGGAGUGUACAGAUGGAUCCCGGGAAGGUGAGCGCGGUGGUUAUUGGCCCCAGCCUACGUCCAGAGUGCAGCUACAACGUUUCCUGGGAUUCACCAACUUUUAUCGCCGCUUUAUCCGGGGUUACAGCACCCUGGCUUCCCCCCUGUCUGCACUCACCUCUCCCAAGGUUCCGUUCACAUGGUCCCCAGCUGCUGACCGGGCGUUCCGGGAUCUCAAUCACCGAUCACCACUGCUCCCAUCUUGGUUCAUCCUGACCCGUCCCGAUGCUUUGGAUGUUAGAGUGGGGGCGGUCCUGUCCCAGCGUUCGGCCCUGGACUUCAAGUUACAUCCCUGCGCCUUCUUCUCCCAUCGCCUCAACACCACGGAGAGGAAAUACGAUGUGGGGAAUCGUGAGCUUCUCACGGUGAAGAUGGCGUUGGAGGAGUGGAGGCACUGGCUGGAGGGGGCGGAACAUCCGUUUAUUGUGCGGACAGACUACAAGAACUUGGAAUAUCUCCGCACCGCCAAGCAUCUCAAUUCCAGGCAAGCUACAUUUCACCCGGUUCAACUUCUCCCUCUCAUACCGACCAGGAUCCAAGAAUGUCAAGCCAGAUGCGCUGUCACGCCGCUAUAGCCCCGCGGCUACACCCCCGGAAUCCGAGACCAUUCUUCCCAUCUCAUGCUUGGUGACGGCACUCAGUUGGAGAAUAGGGAAGAAGGUCUGGGAGGCGCAGUGUUUGUUCCUGACGCUGUCCGCUCCUCAGUCCUGGAGUGGGCCCACUCCUCCAGGCUUGCCUGCCACCCGGGCUCCCGGUUGUGAACCGGUUUUCCAAAGCUGCCCACUUCAUUCCUCUCCCCAAGCUACCCUCCUCCAAAGAGAGGGCCCAGCUCUUGGUGCAGCACAUCUUCCGGAUCCAUGGACUCCCAGUGGACAUGGUCUCCGACCGGGGUCCUCAGUUCUUGUCCCAGUUCUGGAAGGCAUUCUGCACACUCAUUGGGUCUUCGGCCAGCCUGUCCUCCGGUUUCCACCCUCAGUCCAACGGCCAGUCGGAGCGAGCCAACAAAGACCUGGAGACGACUCUGCGCUGCCUGGUCUCCACCAACCCCACCACCUGGAGCCAGCAACUAGUGAGGGUCGAAUAUGUUUCCUGCGUUAUCAGCCCCCGCUCUUCCUGGAGCAAGAGGAAGAGGUCGGCAUAUCUUCGGCCCAGAUAUUUGUCUGCCGCUGUCGUCGUACCUGGAGGACAGCCCGGUCGGCUCUUCUCAAGACCCCCUCCAGGUAUCGAUGACAAGCGGACCGCCACCGGACCCCAGCUCCCUGGUAUCGUCUCGGGCAGAAGGUAUGGCUGUCCAUCCGAGAUCUGCAACCUCCGGGUGGAGUCCCGCAAACUAUCCCCCCCGGUUUAUCGGCCCUUUCCCCAUCUCCAAGAUCAUUAGCCCCUCUGCUGUUCAUCUUCUGUUGCCCCGUACCCUCUGUAUACAUCCCACUUUUCAUGUGCCUAGGAUCAAACCCAUUUCUCACAGCCCUUUGUCUCCUGUUUCCAGGCAUACAAGACCACUGAUAAUCUCCCUCGAUCUGGGGCUCCAUGCAAGAUCUCACCCUGUGGGGUCAAAAUGAUCACAAGAACGGUGAGCAAAAAUCCCAGAACCACACGGGGGGACCUAGUGAAUGACCUGCAGAGAGCUGGGACCAAAGUAACAAAGCCUACCAUCAGUAACACACUACGCCGCCAGGGACUCAAAUCCUGCAGUGCCAGACGUGUCCCCCUGCUUAAGCCAGUACAUGUCCAGGCCCGUCUGAAGUUUGCUAGAGUGCAUUUGGAUGAUCCAGAAGAGGAUUGGGAGAAUGUCAUAUGGUCAGAUGAAACCAAAAUAUAACUUUUUGGUAAAAACUCAACUCGUCGUGUUUGGAGGACAAAGAAUGCUGAGUUGCAUCCAAAGAACACCAUACCUACUGUGAAGCAUGGGGGUGGAAACUUCAUGCUUUGGGGCUGUUUUUCUGCAAAGGGACCAGGACGACUGAUCCGUGUAAAGGAAAGAAUGAAUUUAAGUCAAAACUGUAGCUAAGCCACUCAGGAAGAUGCAAUGUUGUCUUGGUAAGCAACUCCUGUGUAUAUUUGGUGUUGUGUUUUAGGCUAUUGUCCUGCUGAAAGGUGAAUUUGUCUCCCAGUGUCUGUUGGAAAGCAGACUGAACCAGGUUUUCCUCUAGGAUUUUGCCUGUCCUUAGCUCUAUUCCAGUUAUUUUUAUCCUAAAAAACUCCCUAGUCCUUGCCGAUGACAAGCAUACCCAUAACAUGAUGCAGCCACCAUCAUGCUUGAAAAUAUGAAGAGUGGUACUCAGUGAUUUGCGGUGUUGGAUUUGCCCCAAACAUAACACUUCGUGUUCAGGACAUAAAGUUAUUUUAUUUGCCUUUUUAUUUGCAGUAUUAAUUUAGUGCCUUAUUACAAACUGGAUCCAUGUUUUGGAAUAUUUGUAUUCUGUACAGGCUUCCUUCUUUUCACUCUGUCAAUUAUGUUAGUAUUGUGGAGUAACUACAAUGUUGUUGAUCCAUCUUCAGUUUUCUCCAAUCACUAUGCUCAAAGGGAUAUUCAAUGUCUGCUUUUAAAUGUUUUACCCAUCUACCAAUAGGUGCCCUUCUUUGCAAGGCAUUGCAAAACCUCCCUGGUCUUUGUGGUUGAAUCUGUGUUUGAAUUUCACUGCUUGACUGAGAGAGCUUACAGAUAAUUGUAUGUGUGUGGUACAUACAUAAAGUAGUCAUUCAAAAAUCAUGUUAAUCACUAUUAUUGCACACAGAGUGAGUCCAUGCAACUUAUUAGGUGACUUGUUCAGCAAAUGUGUACACCUGAACUUUUUUAGGCUUGCAAUAACAAAGGGGUUGAAAACGUAUUCACUCAAGACAUUUCAGCUUUUCAUUUUUUAUUAAUUUGUAAAAAAUUCUAAAAACAUAAUUCCACUUUGAUAUUAUGGAGUAUUGUAUAAAGACCAGUGACACACAAUCUCAAUUUAAUCAAUUUUAAAUUCAGGCUGUAACACAACAAAAUGUGGAAAAAGUUAAGGGGUGUGAAUACUUUCUGAAGGCCCUAUAUGUGUGUCAUUCAGAGGGUGAAUGGGCAAGAUAAAAUAUUUAAGUGCCUUUGAACAGGGUAUGGUAGUAGGUGCCAGGCGCACCGGUUUGUGUCAAGAACUGCAAUGCUUCUGGGUUUUUCACGCUCAACAGUUUCCCAUUUGUAUCAAGAAUGGUCCAACACCCAAAGGACAUCCAGCCAACUUGACACAACUGUGGGAAGCAUUGGAUUGAACAUAGGCCAGCAUCCCUGUGGAACACUUUCGACACCUUAUAUAGUCCAUGCCUCAAAGAAUUGAGGCUAUUCUGAGUGCAAACGGGGGUGUGGGGGUGGGGGGGUGCAUCUCAAUAUUAGGAAGGUUUUCUUAAUGUUUUGUACACUCAGCCUAUGUUUUAUUACAAGUGAGCCUAUUGUUGUGUGUGACUUUGCGUGAAUGAAUGUGAUUUUGUCUUGUUAGUUGGAGCGUAACAUUCUUGUCAUUUCAGAGGUCAGAGUGGACAUUCCUCCUCCCAGGAUGCAACCCCGGAGGUCAGACAGUCUGCUGACCUUUCAUUUUCUGCUAUGCCACACACCACAGCCAUCAGGUCUCUCAGCCAGCCACCAGAGGUCGCCACUGCAGGGCUGUCCAUAGUCAAUACUCAGACGGACCACAGACGUUCCUUUGGAGCUGACGGUGAGAGGAAAGAAUACACUUCUCAUCAUGAAUCUAAAGUAUUUAGAGUCAAUUAAUGAUAACUCAUCAUUAUCACCAGUAUAAUCAUCAGGAUGUAUUUUCUUGUUUUGGCUUUUUGUUAAAAUAGAGACAAUACUUGAACAUAGACAUGUGAAGGGAUGGAAUGGAAAACAAUCCUAUGUAAGUGAUUUUGUAUGUCUUAAAAACAAAUCAUUAGCUGAAAAUAUGGAUCAAUAUAGCACAGGUCAAAAUGUCUCAUCUCAGCCAUCAUCUCCCUACUUAUCUCACACAGAAAUCCCAUAAGCCUCUCUCCAUGUCCACUCCCAUCCCACCAGCAUUGAGGCCAGAGCAAAGUACAGCCAAAAGCAACACUGAAGAGAAGAGGUGAGCAAGUGAGGCAUUAACAGCAAAAUAUAGAGAAAACAGAAGCACAUUUAUCCUUAUAACCUUUUCCUCUCUUCCCUCUAUUUCUCCUCUUCCCCCCCACCCUUCUCUUCGAGUCCAUAGUGUGGAAACAAUUGUCCAGCAGCGCUACCCUGUCGCUCCCUCCAUUCACCCCCACCGUCUUGUCCUGAAGAACAACCAUCUCCCUUCUUCCUCCGCUUUAUCCUCCUCCUCCUCUAUACCUGGAGAUGAGAAGCAAAGCCGUCACCUGGUCCAUGCCCCGAUCCCCUACCGGCCAUUUUCUAUCAAGAGUGCCCAUCUCUCCGUCCCCUGGCCCCUGCCCGAGCACUCUGACUGGGUCACUCUAGCCACCUCUGUGGGCGAUGGCCUGGUGGUCCACCCUGACCUUAACCCCAACCUUCGAAGCAUCCCCUACCUCCAGACCUUCCACCAGCAGAGCAGCAGCAACACCCAGAGCAGGAUGCAGAGCACUGGGGAGGCCUGGCACAAGCCUGGGAAGACCCCAGCCGCACGGGUCCAGGACCAGGACAGGCGGGGGGUGCGGCCCCCAUGGAGGGAUGUGGAGGUGCAGCCAGAGAGGGUGUUUGGGGAGGGUCUGAAAGAGGCUGACUCUCCUCUGGACCUGUCUGAUCCUGGGAGGUUCAAAAGCAGUAAAUCACCACAGGACAGCAAGCCCAGCCCUACACUGCAGGACUUGUACAUAGAGGGAGAGACAUCUAACAGGGCCACGAGGACAGACUCCUCCUCACAGAUCCAGGCCCAUCCUCCCUCUUCCUCCUCCUCCUCUUCUUCUCCACCUGCUCCUCCCUCAUCCUCCUCUUCUAUACCUCCCCCCAGCCAACAGAGGCAAAGCCCCAGCGAUCACAACCUCAAGGUACUUUACUGAAGCCUUCCUCUCAAUGAGCAUGUGAAAUAGACAUACCAACACGCGUGUGAUUUAGUAAUGUGAUAUGUCUAACCCCAUCCACAGGAGGAAGGGCAAUCAGAGAUGGAGGAAGCUGACGGGAAAGCAGAUCAAAGAACAGGAAAGGACUCUGAGGACAGGAAAGACCCUGUUCUGACCAUCUCACUGUGUCCAGGUACAGGACACCAUGACAAGGCUGUAUGUGUAGAAGUACAAGUACAUAUAAUAAUAAUAAUAAUAAUAAUAAUAAUAAUAAUAAUAAUAAUAAUAAUAAUAAUAAUACAUUGUAUUUGCACCUUUCAAGAUACAUAAGGACAUUACAUUAAUAAGAGCAAAAGUACAUUACAAAAAGGAACAUGGCUCCCAAUAAAUGUCCUCUUUUGUCCUCAAUUGCUCCUCUAUUGUUGCCGCAAUCAAGGGGGACCUCGAGUAGAGCAUGGGGAGGCCUCAAGAAGAGAAAUUAUUUUGUAAAAAUGUAUUACUAGUCUUUUUUAAUUUUUUAUGCCCAGCUCACGAGGCCCCUUAAUGAUGUGAGGCCUGAGGCAAUUGCCUCUUCUGCCCAGUCUGCCACUGGGGGCAGGUGAGGAAUCUCUCGGCUGAGUUCUGGAUGUACUGAAUUUUGUUGAGGGAGCUGGUAUGGUCCAUACAGGAGAGCAUUGCAACAGUCCAGCGGUGAGGUAAAAUAGGCAUGUACAGAUGUAGGAUCUUAAUUUGAGCCAGUUUGCUAAAGCAAGGGAAUAAUCCUGCAGCAACAGGAAAUAUGAAUUAUUAUGUGGAUGAUAAUUAAUGGCCAUUUUUGUAGGGGUUUAUAUAUUUUUUAAGGGAAAAUCAAGUCUGACAUUUCGGAGUGGAAAUUACAAAAUGCAGAAGCCUUUUUAAACCUCAAAUACACUUAACGUUUUAAAGAUCCUGCAUUGCAGCAAAGUUCUCCUGCAAUAGGGUGAUCAGAUGAACAUCCUAUGCCUGUUUAAUGGUUUCAGCAACUGAGUCUGUAAGGAAGGGGCGGAGUCUGACGAUGUUCUUGAGAUGAUGGAAGGCAGAUUUUGUGAUGUUUUUAAUGUGGGCAUCAAAGGAGAGCGUAGAAUCGAGGACGACCCCCAGAUUCUUCACCUCGGAGGCAGGACGGAUAGAGCAGCUGUCGAUGUUAAGGUCGACCUCCUCCACCUUCUUCAGGAGAGAUCUGGGGGCCACCAACAUGGCCUCUGUCUUAUCACUGUUGAGCUUCAGGAAGUUUGAGCUCAUCCAUUAUUUUAUUUCUUGAAGACAGUUGAUGAGUGAUGAUGGUGGAGGUCAGAGGUGGGUUUGGAGUGAACGUAGAUUUGCAUGUCAUCAGCGUAACAGUGGGAUUGCAGACCGUAUUGACGGAUGAUUUGGCCAAGGGGUAGGAUGUAGAUGAUGAAAAGGAGAGGCCCUAGGACUGAGCCUUGGGGGACUCCCUGGCGGACAGCAUAAUGGGCGGAUUUGAAGUUUCCAGGGUCAAAAACUGCUGCCUGUCCGACAGGUAGGACCUGAACCAGGCCAGAGCUGUUCCGAUAAUUACCAGGGUCCGCUCCAUUCUUUCAAAGAGGAUGGAAUGGCAAACUGUGUCAAAGGCAGCUGAUAAGUCCAUUAGGAUGAGGAUGUUUAGAUUGCCAGAGUAAUCUACUAGUAGUAGAUCAUUUACCACUUGAACCAGAGCCGUUUCCGUGCUGUGAUUGGCCCUAAACCCCGAUUGAAGAGGCUCAAAGAGGUCAUUGGAAGCCAUGUGCUGAUUGAGUUGGGAAGGUACAUCAUGCUCAAUAACUUAUGCCAGGAAGGGAAUGUUGGAUAUUAGCUUGUAGUUGUUGAGGUUAGCUGGGUUUUGUCCUUGUUUUUUUUCACAAUGGGUGGGAUAGCAGCCAGUUUGACAUCAGGAGGAACAGUGCCAAAGCAAAGGACACAUUGACAACCGUGAGGGGAGAGAUUGCAGGAAGACAUGUCUUGACUAGGGAAGUGGGCAUAGGGUCAAGUGAGCAGGUUGAAGCUUUGGAUUUGGUGACUAGACCAGAGAUGAACUCAGCAUCAACAGGGGAGAAGGUGGAGAGGGAGGAAAGGGUUGCUGAGUCGAGCUAUGGAGGGGGCUCGCUCUGUGGACUUUGUUUGAGCUGUAUCUAUUUUAGUGUCUAUUUUGUUUUGGAAGAAGUCCAGCUACUGAUCACAGAGGUCAGCUGAAGCAUUGAGGGGGGAGUCAUUAUGUGGCUGUAGUAGCUUUUUGAUCGUGGAGAUGAAAGCUCUCAGGUUAUUAUGACCUUUACUGAUAAUGAUUGAGUAGUGGUUAGACUUGGUCUUGUGGAGCGCAUCUUUGUAGUUUGAGACAUGUUCCUUAUAUGCAUGUACUGUGAGCCCUGUUUUCUUAUCCAGCCAUUCCAGAUGGUGGCCGGCAGCCUUCAUGGUACGUAGUUCGGUGUGUACCAGGGUGAAGACUGGGAGAAAAAAAAUAUAUAUAUUUUUAUGUAUCUCUGUAAUUACAGUGGUGCUCCUUGAGGCUCUGAAUUCUGGAUUGCAGAAGAAACUUUACUCCAAUGGCAAGGCAAGUGUCUACAAUCCCUAUAUGUUCACAGUCUGUAAACUGAAACUGAUCUGAGGUUAUUUACAGUUAGUGUCUUGUCAUUGUUUGAUAUUUACAGUCAGCCCAAAGUACUGCUACAGGGAGCAACUCAGACGACCAGGAAGUGGAGAGCAGUCUGUCUGGGUCAGAGAGCAGCCAGAGCUCCAAAAGGAAGAGGACUGGGCUGGACACAGACACAGAGGGUAAGGACGGAUGGAUAGAGAGAGGGAGGGGAAGUGAAAGAGAGAGAGAGAGAGAGAGAGAGAGAGAGAGAGAGAGAGAGAGAGAGAGAGAGAGAGAGAGAGAGAGAGAGAGAGAGAGAGAGAGAGAGAGAGAGUGAAAGAGAAAGAGAAAUAGAAAGCUCACAUAUGAAGUCAAAUGUGUGUCUUGUAUCAAGCUGUGGGUUUCUUUUCUCUUGUUCUCCUCUAGUUUCUCAUCGGAAGGAGAGGAGGAUCAACCUUCUUCGUACAGUAACUGGGAAAGAGCCCAAGUGA